AUGGCCGACAACAAAGGAGGAAGAGGCGGAGGUAGUGGAAGGCGUAAGAACCGCGAUAUGGGACGAGCCGAAUGGAGUCGUCAAACACUAGAUAAACGACAGCGCCUUGAAGAGAAGGCCGAGGCCAAGCGCCGCAGAAUAGAAAAUGGUGAAGAGGCCGACCUACCUAUCUACGCGACUCAAUUCUCUAAGGAGGAGAUCGAUGGCGAAGAGCGGCGCCCCAAGAAGAAGGUCGCGCUUCUGAUUGGGUAUUCGGGUACUGGAUACUCUGGGAUGCAGCUGAACGAGAAAGCGCGUACUAUCGAAGGCGACCUCUUCUCCGCUCUUGUCAACGUGGGCGCAGUUUCUAAAGCGAACGCGGCAGAUCCCAAAAAGUCAUCAUUUGUCCGUUGCGCCCGCACAGACAAGGGUGUCCACGCAGCUGGCAAUGUUGUAUCCUUGAAAAUGAUCGUCGAAGAUGAAGAUAUCAUUCAGAAAAUCAACGACCAACUUAGUCCUCAAAUCCGCGUUUGGGGCUAUGAAGUUACAAGCAAGAGCUUCAGUUGCUACCAGAUGUGUGAUUCCCGGGUUUACGAAUAUUUGUUGCCGAGCCAUUGCCUUCUGCCACCUCACCCAAGCACAUAUCUUGGGCGAAAGAUCGUCGAAAUCGCGGAAGAGAAAGGCGAGUUGGAUGCCGUGAAGGGCCGUCAAGAAGAAGUCGCAAACUUCUGGGCUGAUGUCGAUGAGCAAUACAUCAAGCCAAUUCUCGACGCCCUACCCGAAGACAUCCGCAAGGUCGUUCAAAAGUCCCUAUGGGAAGAAGACACAUCCCGUGAUGUUCUUCAGCCAACACAAGCCGCAGAGGAUAUCAAGCCACCAACCGAGAUCCCCGCCGAACAGCAGAGCGAACAACCAACUGAUGAAUCGGGAGAGCCCAAGCCCUUCAUCAUGGAGCCCCGCCAAAAGGCCAUCGUCGAUGCAAUCAAAGCCGUCAAAGCAGCAUAUCUGAAAGCUCGCCGCGCCUACCGCGCCCCGGCCUCUCGCAUCGCCCGCCUUCAAGAAUGUCUUUCCAAAUACGAAGGCACCGUCAACUUCCACAACUACACCAUCCAAAAGGCAUAUAACGACCCAUCUGCCAAGCGCCACAUCAAGUCCUUCAAAGUGAACACAACACCGAUCAUCAUCGACGGCACAGAGUGGCUCAGCCUGAAAGUCCAUGGUCAGAGUUUCAUGAUGCACCAGAUCCGCAAGAUGGUGGCUAUGGCCACGAUGAUCGUCCGCGCGGGAUGCCACCCAGAUCGGAUUCCUGAAACCUAUGGACCCAGUCGCAUUGCCAUUCCCAAGGCACCGGGCUUGGGAUUGCUACUUGAGCGACCUAUCUUUGAGGCCUACAACAAGAAGGCGUCAAGUUUGGACCGUCAACCUCUCAACUUUGGACGCUGGGAGGCAGAGAUGAAUGAAUUCAAGCAGCGGGAGAUCUAUGAUAGGAUUUUCCGCGAGGAGGAAGAAAGUGCUACCUUUGGUUCUUUCUUCAACCAUAUUGAUCAUUUCCCUGUUGCAUACUUCCUCUAUGUCACCUCUGGUGGUAUCCCAGCUGCCAACCUUGCGGCUGCGACUGCGCCUCAUGAUCCUGGCAGCCCUAAAAAUGGUGGCAGAGCUCGUUUCGGCAGCCCUAAGGCUGGUGGCAAAGCUCGAAACGUUCAGCAGGAUGUACUCGCCGCUGUUGAGGGCGAGUCGGACAAUGACGGUGAAGCCCCAGUUGGCGGAGAAGAGGAGGGUUAA